CUCGCUUCUGCCUUUUCUUCGGCACUACCUCUCCCCCAUUCUAUCGAAGCGCCCUCGCCUCCAUUCUAUACUUCCACUCUAUACCUUGUUCUUUCGCGACCAUCCAUCCAGUCGCUCCAGCCAUGACUUUGACUAGCAAGCGAUCUUCGUACUAUGCCGUCGACCCGGCGCCCAAGGACCGAUCCUUGGUUCCGGGCAUGUCCUUCUCCAGCACCACCACCACCCCAUCGUCGUCGUCGUCAUCGUCAUCGUCGUCCGGCUUUGCUCCGGCGCACUCCUGGGCUGCCGUCUCGGCUGCCUCGCAGUCCUCGCUGUGGUCGCAGCCCUCUGCUCGCGCCGGCCAUCACUCGUCCCAUAGCGACGACCUUACUCGCCCUGAUCCCCGCCGUGCCCUUCACCGGAUCGACUCGCGCAUCUCGCUUAAGGACAGCCCUUCACAACCUGCCCACGCCGCCGACCACCACCAUCACCACCAUCACCAGCACCAGCAGCAGCUCGAAAGCUCUUCUUCAACCCUCGAAAAGACCCCCGAAGUCAAGACCCUCUGGGUCGGCAACCUGCACGAGUCCGUCACCGAACAGGACCUGAUUGACUUUUUCAAGAACUCGCCGAUUCUGAGAAUCCGUCUCUCCAACAACCCGGAUACCCGACCCUGUGCCUAUGUCGACGUUCCCGACCAGAGCGCUCUCGAAAAGGUUUUGAGACUCAGCGGCGAGAGGCUCCACGGCACUCGUCUCAAGAUUGAAUACGACCCAUGCCGUAUCAAGAAGAUCAAAUCCAAACAGACCCUCAAGAUCAUCAUUUCUCGACCGGACGUUAAUUCCAAACUCGAGGUUCCGUCCACAUGGAAGACCGAUGCAUCUGCGCAAGCCCAGAGCCACUCUGCCCAAGUCCCCACCGUGUCCAAUUCGUCCGGCCCGAGCCAACCUCAAGUUGUCCGUGCCGGUUCUCAGGGCUCAGACACUAGCUCUCAGCCUGCCGUUCCCGUAUCCGGACCAAACCCAGCCUGCACCGCGGCCUGGAGUGGAUCCAAGGUCACAGAUAGCACCCCUCAAAUUGAGCGCUCCGAGCCCACCCAGAUUCCUGCACCCAAGUCUCCCUCGCAGUGGGCCAUCUCAGCUCCGACCUGGAAUUCGCCUCCUCGAAAGGACACCGCCAGCUUCUGCAGCGGCGCCAACUGGGACCGACCCUCCACCGGCGCCCCUGCUGUUGCCCCUUCGGCUCUUGGUGGCUGGGCAUCCCAAAACCUUCAGGCCAACAAGGGCUCAAGCGCAUCCGUUUCUCGACAGGCGGCCCCGGCCCCUUCAGCCCAGUGGAGUUCUCCGCCCAAGCCUGUGUCCUCGGGCCUCCCUGCUGGCUGGAAGUCUUCGCCCUCCAAGCCCGCAACAACCGCUUUCCCCGCCCAGCCGCUCUACGGCGAUACUACCGAGAUGCCCCAGGAGGAGACUGGCCGCCAGCGCUCCCUCUCUCGAUCCGGUGGCUUCCCGCCCAGCGAGGCCAGCGGCUGGGGCGAGCCACCGUCCUUCGGCCCGGCAAAUGCUGCCUCUGGCGCAGCCGCCUGGCCCGCUCCCAAGGGCGACCCUGCGGUCAUGAAGAAGAAGGUUUCCUUUGAGCUGGAUCAGAGCCGUGAUGUGUCCGGCUACACCCCGUCCUGGGCUACCCCUCGCGCUUCUGCUGCGGCCCAGGACGUCUUGGCUCGCAGCAAGCUCCCUCACAAGCACUCUGCGCCCGAAUUGCGCCACAACAGAGCCGCCUGGAAUGCCGGCGCUCACUGGAGUGAGUCUAAUGUUGUCUCUGGCAUCAACUCUGCCUUUGCGCAUCACCCUCCCGUCCCAGCUCGCUCGCUGGAGACCAUGCGCUCCAACUCGGACGUUCUGCCGGCUGCAAGCGCAUCCCAGUUCGCUCCCUGGCUGGAUGACUUUGAAAAUGACUUCUUGACCCUCCCCGAGCGCUCGACCGAUCACCGCGCAGACUACCUUGGCCCCUCAGCCACUGUCCUGCCUGGUACAGCCGCCGCCGGCCUUGCCUCGCCCCCGGCCUGGGCUACGAACGCCAGCGGUCCUGCAGACGACGAUGUGCUCGGCUCCGAGUGGGACCGGGUUGCCAACAUCCGCCUGACUGAUGCUCCCGAGUGGAACCACCAUCCGCUCCAGCUUGUCACCAGCGCCCUCACCCCCAGCACUACGCUCUGGAGCGCCCCUCGCGAAGAGUACCCCAUUUGGGGAGACAAGGUUCUUCGCAAGAGCACCUCGAGCUCGUCCCUGAUCAAUCCUCCAAGCACCCCCUCGGCCGACUGGCUCCCUGCCGCCGGUGGAUUCUCCAAGACUCCCGGAGGACAUUCCCCUCGCCACUCGCUUGUGCUGGACUCGCUUCCCCCAAGAAGCAGCCCCGAAGCCGACUGGGGCGUCAUCGGCCAAGCACAGCCCUCGAUGGCCCCCGAAUGGGGGGGCGUCUCUGGCGGCUACCCGUCUAUGCCCGAGCUCCCUCCGCGUAACCGUCGCCCCAGCAAGUCGUUCAGCGGCUGGUCCGAGCAGUUUGUCGCCAAGGAUCCUUACGAUCUGCAUGCCCCUCCCAUGCACAAGGGACUUGCCAACGGUAUCUUCAGCGCUCAGAUGUGGAACCAGGCUCUCCCUCAAAAGUCGCAGUCGCUUCUGUCUCCCAUCAACAACCAGGGCUUUGCUGCUCCCCAGCCCUGGAUGCACGCUGGUCCCCAGGAGAUCAACGGCGGCAUGGUUGGCUGGGCCCCUGUCGGCGCUCCUGUCGGCCCUCCCCAUCACCACCACCCCGCUCCUGGCAUCUUUGGCCUCGGCAACAGAGGAUCUGGUCUGCUCGACGGCCGCGUUACCCCUACGACCACAGCCGUGCACGCGAACGAACAUAUCGCCAUGCCCUGGGGUGGUAUCUACGAGCCUUGAAGGAGACGAAGCUGUCCUUCGUAUGUGAAUCAUGUGGGCCAGACAACGAUCUCGUCAAAACGGACCCCUCAAUCAACAAGUUGUGCCUUGCUACCCAUGAUCUAUAGCGCACUCGCCCCGACCCAAACGCCUCUAUUUAUGCUCUAUCGAACCGCACCUUUUUCCAUCCUAUUUAUUGUUUAUCGCUUGCCUUUCCGCU